AUGGGGGUCGGGGACUAUGUGCACUCCAAAGAGAAUCGCCAGCACCAGCCUCGAGCAAUUGAUCCGCCGAACCAAACGAGGCAGGCUCUCGCUGAACAAGCUCGUGUUGAGGUUCCCCCAACAACUCUGGUUGCACCGGUACCUAUCCCAGGCAACCGGCAAGCGCCAAUAGAUCGAUAUGGCACGCCGUUUCGAGAUCCGGCAGCCGAACGGCCUGUUCUCAGAGAUGCCUUUGACACUGAUGUAGAGGGGAUCGACGAGUCGACUAUUGCCGCGACAAGCGUGAUUGGUAUGGAUGAAGUCCAUUACAGAUUACCACCUGCUGCGCAGGUGAAUGCAAAUGCAACUGCAAACGGGCAUAUGAGCCCUCAAUAUGAACCACAACAUCAUUCACCACAGUUGCAACCACAGCAACAGCCGUUGCCAUCUCCUACACGCCAGCUCCGCACGGGCCGUCGUGCUAAUGAAUCAAAGUGGUACGAAGGUCUAGGCGAUAGAGCGUUAAAGUCAGCGGGGUUCGACUCGGACGACCUAGAAGCCGCGAGCCAACAUACUUCUACAGCUGGUGAUGACGAGCAAUCUAACGAGACCGACGACCAGCGCUUUGUGUCUAGGUACCGCGCAGCAGAAGAGCCACUUAGCAGACGACUCCAGAACUUCUGGACCGCUAGUCGGCGGACGACCUAUCAACCUGAUACCGUAGAAUAUACAGAGCCAACAAAGACGCAAUCUUUCAUUCCAGUCGCUUCCACCACCAAACCUCUCCCUGCCAAUAGCAGGAAAGUCACGCUCACACGAAGCAUGACAACAACCCCUAGGACUAGAUUCAGUCCGCCAAAACCGUCUCUCCUCGACCAGCUAGACUUGACCCCCACGCGGCGCAGUCCCGGUAUUACAAGGACACACUCCAGAAAGGAGAGAGAGCGCGAAAGAGAGAAAGAGGCCAGCAGAACAGCCGACGACACCAUCAGAGGCACAGACCAAGGCCUCGGCCUAUUCACCGACACCAACCAGGCCCGCGCCGGCGCAGACGAUAGCUUCCAGUCGCUAAACGCCUUCGACAUGACAAACUUCGACGAUCUUGAAAACGACUCCUCCAUGAACGACCCCUUCUCGCGCCGCGCUUCAAUAAGAUGGGUUGGACCACCAGAAGCAGAUACGCCACCAACCCACACCCCGACACACGUCAGCACAAUGGCAAACCCCAAGCCGUCUCUAAAGAAACGCCAUCUCGAACCCGACUACCCGCCCGAAAUCCUCAGCACCAAAUCCUUCACAGACCUUCAAGCCGAACCCUUCGACCGCACGCCCAACCCCAAAGCAGCGGCAGAAGCCCAGCCCCAACGACCUCCCGAAAAGGGCAAAGACGAGGACAAAAUCUCCUUCCUCCUCCGGCUCUCCGAGCAAGAGCGCGGGGAGUACUUUAGCAAACUCUCCAUGGACGAAUGGGAGGGGUGCGGCGACCUACUGAUUGAGGAGUUUAGCAAGUUGAUGACGAAGAUGAAGGACCUGCGGCAUGCGCGGCGCAAGACGGCUGCUGUGUUUGAGGCUGAGGUCAAGAGACGGCAUGAUGUGGUUGAGGAGCAGUCGGGCGAGAUCUCGAGCAAGUUUGAGGAGAUGAGGGCUGGCGGCACGGAGGUUCUCCGUGGGCGUUCGCCUUGA